AGUUCGAUUUACGCGCUUAGCUGGAAAUUAGUGGAAAAACAAGAGCAAAUUUAUAUAACGAAACAUACUCAACCAUACGUACUCGGCAAAACAUAUUUACGUAAAACCAUACAUACAUACAUAUAAAUGUAUACACUUAAACAUAAAUACACAUGCAUAUAAAACGGAAAUAAAAGUAAAAGUGCAAAGGAAAGCAAAGCGACGCAGGAAGUGCAUUCAAACUGUGUGAUAGAGCAUAUCAGGAUACUAACGGCAAUAUCGAGCAAUAAGUAUAACGGAAUUAGUACAUAUGUAGUUGUAUUGUAUAUACAUAUGUAUGUAAAGUUAAAAUAGCAGUGUCAACAGAAAUACGAUCAAAAAUCUAGUCAGUCAAAAAUCUACAGGAGUUCGUAGUUUUUGGUAAGAAAAACCGAAACAAAACUGAGCAGAUAAGAAUCAAAAAAUCUGUAGUCCAUAAAACCCAACCCGGCAUUGUUGUCAAAAAUACGUUUUUUGUGAAAUACGCCAGUAUCAAGGACAAAAAAGCAAAACCAAUAGCAACAUAAACUAUAAAUAAAAGCCGAGGCAACAACGUCAAUGUCACGGCAUAACGGAGCAUGCGUCAAUAUUGUUGAUUGCCAAAGUGUGGGUGUUAUUGUGGCGUCAGGACUCAGUACGGCACGAAGUCGUAAGUAACCUGGUCAUACGUUAGCGUAGACACCCGGCCAGCGUUUCGCAACCGAAAAACGAGGCACGUACUGAGCAUUAGAUAGCGAGCGCCAGGAGCACAAAGUCCAAAACGGUGAAUCUGCAUUUAACAGUUGGACGAGCAGCAGCAAGUAACGGCAGCAGAAGUGCAGUAUUUUUAUGAUUAAUCAUCACAAAUAACAUUGACAAUAACAUUCGAAGGACAUUGCUUUCGUUGUGGUAAAAACGUGGGAAUUUAUAAUAUACACAAAUAGACAACUUUAUAAGAAAUACGCUGAAUAUUAGUAAUAUAGUGCGUGAGUGCAAGUGCAAGUGAGAAAGCAAAAUUUUUUGACAUUCGGUUACAAUCGCUAUUCAAUUGAAAAGACACAUUUCAUCAUUCCACAACUCGAAAUAAUCGUAGUCUUGUAGACAGAGUAUUACAAAUAAACUGAAGACACCUGACGAAAUACAUUUGCAAAAAACUCAGCAGAAGGAGUACCGUUUUUACAGGAUUACUACUGCUAUAUUACAAUCAUAAACAAAUAAUUAGAGCAACCACGAAAAUACUACCAGAAAAAUAUUAAAUCAUCGAAAAAAGGAACGAUAACCAGCAACAUGUCGACGACCUCAAUGGAAAAUACGCCUGCCAAAGUGGGCGUUAAAGAGGAGAGCGCCCACUUGCUGGAGGCCUCUGACACCGGUGAAAAAUAUGGCUCGAACAAAGCGGAUCAAGAGAACUUACUCGGCAGCAGCAUGGUGCACGGUGCAAGUCAGACCAACUCCAAGACACUUCCGCAAUAUGUGGCCGCCUUAUCGGCUGCUGGGGGUGCCUUUGCCUGCGGUACCCUGCUUGGUUGGACCUCACCGGCAGAGGUAAAAAUCUACAAUGGCGCUUACGAUUUCCCUGUAAGCAAUGGCGAAUUCUCCUGGGUCGGUUCAGCCAUGACAUUAGGUGCGGCUUUCGUUUGUAUACCAAUUGGUAUACUCAUCAACUUGGUUGGGCGUAAGAUGGCUAUGUUACUGCUUGUAAUACCGUUCACCAUCGGUUGGGCUAUGCUGAUCUGGGCACAAAAUGUUAUCAUGAUGUACGUUGCACGUUUUCUGUUGGGUAUUGCUGGUGGCGCCUUCUGUGUAGCCGCACCUAUGUACACUGGCGAGAUAGCGCAAAAGGAAAUUCGUGGCACGCUCGGCAGCUUCUUUCAACUUAUGAUAACGGCUGGUAUAUUGUUUGUGUAUUCUAUUGGAGCUGGUCUCGACGUCAUGUGGAUGAGCAUUGUAUGCGGUGUGCUCCCAUUGAUCUUCGGCGUCAUUUUCGUCUUCAUGCCCGAGUCGCCUACAUACUUGAUCAUUAAGAACAAGGAUGAAGCUGCUGUUAAAUCCAUUCAGUGGCUACGCGGCAAGGACUACGAAUACAAGGGAGAAAUCGAGGAAUUACGCGAAACCCAAGACAAGAUCAAGCAAAACGAAGUAUCGUGGAUGGAAGGUCUGUCACGUCCCGUCACACGCAAGGCAUUGUUUGUCAGUUUGGGUCUCAUGUUCUUCCAGCAAUUGUGUGGCAUCAACGCCGUCAUCUUCUAUUCAGCCAAAAUUUUCGAAGACGCAAACACCGGCAUUGACUCGAAUCUCUCCACCAUUGUCGUCGGCAUCAUGCAGUUCGUUGCCACUUUUGUAUCGACGAUUGUUGUUGACAAACUUGGACGCCGUCUAUUGCUGCUCACCUCUUCCAUCAUCAUGGCACUAUCCACCAUCUCCAUGGGUGUCUACUUCUACCUGCAGGAUCAGGAUGCCGACUCAGUCACCAAUAUCGGCUGGUUGCCCGUCGUCAGCUUGUGCGUCUUCAUUAUACUCUUCUCAAUCGGUUUCGGACCGGUGCCAUGGUUGAUGAUGGGCGAGGUAUUUGCUGCAGACAUUAAAGGCGUGGCUGGUUCCAUUGCCGGCACAACUAAUUGGGUUUUGGCCUUCAUUGUAACAAAGACCUUCGUGAAUUUGAACGACUCCAUUGGCAAAGGCCAGACCUUCUGGCUCUUCUCGGGCAUCACAAUCGUCGGUGUAUUCUUCGUCUACUUCAUUGUGCCCGAAACGAAGGGCAAGAGCUUGAACGAGAUCCAAGCCGAAUUGGAAGGCAAAAGUGCGAGCACAGCGCCAGCCGCAGUCAACGGCGCUGUUUAAAUGAGAGCGGGAGAGAGCGAAAAAAAGAUGAAAAUGGAAAAUAGAAGAUGUGCAUAACUUACAGCUGCAGAAGAGCCCACAAAGCGGAAGAGUUAUCGUUUCUAUUUUCUUGCAAAAACGAAAAAUAGUGUCUGCAGUCGGCGCAUGCGCGUUGGACCUUUGCAAAAUGCAUUGCAUGUAUUAAUGCUUUUCUAAUCCUAUUAUAUUAUUUGUAUUUUAUUAGAAAAGUAUUACAUAAUUUUAGUUAAUAACAAUACAUAUACCGCAUGAUACAUGAUCACAUACAUACAUACAUAUAUCUAUAGACUCUAAUAUUAAGCGUAAAAUGUAAGCAAACACGAGAGGCAGGAAAGCAAUUAUUUAUUAAAAAACGAAAAAUCUGCAAUAUUUCGCUUUCCCGUUGCCUUUACUAAUUCUGCAACAAAGAAUUUAUAAUUUAAUUAUGUGUGUAAGAA